AUGUCUACUUUUAUCAGAGGUCCCAUUUGUGGGACAGAUAAUUGUCCGUCGAGAUUGUGGCGUAUUAUAGAUGGUAGACGAACAUGCCAAUAUGGGCAUGUUAUGGAAGGUGAUGUUGAGUACAAUGAUGAUGAUGAUGUAGGUGGAGGUGCUAUUACGAGGAGGUUAAAUCUUACUACAAAUGCUACUGGUAAUUUUCAAUCAAGCUUCAACGCUUCUCAGAUGAUGGCAUCUCAAAAGAUAGAAAAGGAUAAAAAAAUUUAUGGUUAUGAAGCAAACUUAUUAUUUCUAAAAGCAUUUCAAUAUAUUCUUAGAAGGCAAUGUAAGUGGCUAAUUCAGGAAAAGGGAUUCCCAGAAUAUUUCAAAAAAGUAGUAAAGAUAAUAUGGGUGAAGUACGUUCUAUAUAUCAGCGAAAAUGAUGAAGGUAAUGAUCACACUUUCAGUGAUGAUGAAAGGGAUAAAGUUAAUAGAUAUAGAUAUAGCAAGAAGUCAAGGAAGCCGUUAGGUUUACAUAUGACCAGUACUUUGGCGAUAUUGUAUAUUGCUACUGUACAUUGUGGAUUACCAAUCUUCAUGUGUGAUUAUCUAAACUGGAUUUGUUCUUCAAAUUUACCAUAUUUUAAAAGUAGUAUGCUACUUCCAAAAGUAUGGAGAGAGAAGUUACCAAAUUAUUAUAUUGGUAUCUUUGAUGGUGGAUCGCCGCCAUCGGAUGGAAAAGUGUAUCAAAAAGUGGCGAAUUUGUGUAAUACUAUUAAAUUUAGUGCUCAUUUUAAUUCUAAGUUCAUGUAUCCGCAAUUGCUGUUAAAAUUGGUAAUCGAAAAUUCCCUGCCUCCAGAAUUUUACUUGAUAACUGUACAGCUAAUAGGAGAGAUUGAUUCUAUGGAAUAUAUGGUUCUAACUGAAGAUAAUUCAAAAGAAUAUAAAAAAUUUCAUCAAUCUGCAGAGAUUCGAACAAUAUCGUAUUUUCUGCUAACUUUGAGAUGGAUUUUGUUCGCCAACUUAGGAGAAAAAUGUUCAAUCGAAUGGAUAAAUGGUUACUUAAAGAAAAUAGAGGCUUUUGAAAAAAGUGCUGUAACUAAUGAAAGAAACAUAUCAAAUAUUAUGCGUGAUGAUAAGAAUCGAGAUGUUUUCAACUGGGAUUCAAAAGACAGUAUACAUUACCUAGAUUGGGUAGAGAAGAAAUUUCUUCCAACACAAAGCUACCCUGUUGAUGAUGAUCCAUCUUUGGGUAUAGAUCUACGAAUAGCAAGAAGACAGCUUUACAAGUUACUUCCCUUAAAUAUUGAAGGAACAUUAUCAGACCGGGAAAUAACAAUACCAUAUACUGAAGAAUUACAGCAAAAAUACAUUCAAGUAAGGAAUAAUAUCGAAGCAUCAUUAACCGAUGAUUUAAUCAAAGAAAACGGGAACUCAAGAGAAUAUUCUAUCCUACAACUUGAAGAGAGCAUUUUAUCCAAUAUCUCAAUUGAUUUCGGUAUUUCCAAGGAACAAUUGAAAGGGAGUAUAGAAAAAGUACAAGCAUCUUGCAUGGAUAAGUUUAAAGAACAAUUUGCAUGA